AUGAUUGAUGAUGAGCACUGGAAUGCUUUUCGCUCAUAUAAACGAGCCUCAAUUGAAACACCUUCUCUCACACAAUGGAUGGUAACUUCUCUUCAAGUCUUAAAGCUGGGAAUUUUUGCUGGAAGUUGCAUAUUUAUCACUCUUGGAGCCUGCUUUUCCAAGCUGUUUGUUCUAUUACUGUCAACCAACCUAAUUAACAAUCCAUCUAACAACGGUUUAUCUUGUGCUGAUGUUCCGCGAAGAGCACCUGUUGUUGUUGCAACUUAUCUUUGUUUGGCACUCGUUCAAGUAUUACCGGAUUUCAUUGAAUUACUCCAAUCUAUAAUUAGAACAUAUAGAGGAACGAAGGCUGGAAGAGUUAACUACACGCUUCUCUUAUUGGAAUCUUGCCGAAGCUUGGGCCUGUCAAUAUUAGUGUUUCUUGUAUUUCCACAGUUGGAUAUUGGAAGAUGUGUCUUACUGACUGCUUGCCUGCCGUUGAUAUCAGCAAUUCAACAGCUGAUGGCCAGUAUGUAUUCCUCUUGUCGUCCUACCAACUCUUUCCUGCUCCGUAUGUGGAGGUGUGCUCUAACCCUUCCUCAUUUCUUCCUGUGCUUGGGAAUUGUCAGCUCGAUUUAUCUCUGGGCAGUAAUUGAUGUUCCAUUCACGGCGAAAUUGGCUCUGCCUUGUGGAGUAAUCUUGAGUUCCAUAGGGUUAUGGGAAUCCUGGAUCGGCCCUCAGCACGAAGGAACGCUUUUCCAUCCUCUUUACCAGGCGAAAUACGGUAUUAGAAAAUUAAAUCCUUCUACACGAAUUGCUCAUGCCUUUGUUCGUAUAUUUUGUGUAAUUUCGCUGAUGAUUAUUGCGACAGAUUCCGAAUUCGAUUCGAGCUAUAUCUCCAAGAUCAUAACGAACCAUAGCUUCAAGUUUUAUCAUACUCGUCUGAUUGGAUUGACUAUCGCAGUUUGUGUUUUACAUUCUAUACUUCGAGGAUGUAGUCGUUUCCUAUCCACCAUGGACAUGAGAAUUCUUUCUGCUGUUCAUCCAAUGACAGCGGCUCCUGUGAUUCUCUAUGCUUUCAUCAAGUAUUCUUGUUUGAAGUCUGCUUGUGGUCUUCCUAAAAUUUUCUCGCUGUUUGGACUUCGUUGGACUUGUGAUUCUUUUGGAGGCUCACUAAGACCUUUCAAUGACUGGUACUUGGGAAUGAUCUGGCUUGCUGUUGGAAGUUACAGAGCUUGGAUUUACGUAAGGCAGAGAAAGUUUGACAGAACUGACGAAACAAUGGAUGCUCUGUCACCAUGGACAAGCAGUUAUUGUAUUGAACAAUCACUGGUUGUAUUCAGACGUUCAAUCUCCAAGAUAAGUGUAUCAUCUAAGUAUACGCAAGAUCCUUCAGCUGUAUCGCUUGACGAUAUGGUUAUUCGUAAUGACGAAACUAAUAAGACGUUGACCGUUUAUAUUUGUGCAACAAUGUGGCACGAAACGGCUACUGAGAUGACUCAGAUGCUCCGCAGUAUUCUUAAACUAGAUCAGGAACAUAUGAGGAGACAGUCCAAUAGUAAACCAGAUGAACUGAAAUUCGUUCUAGAAGGUCAUAUCUAUUUCGAUGAUGCUUGGUGUGAUAUUGUGGAGAACGAUGAAACAAAACGAAUCCCUAAUGAGUUUUUUGAACUUUUCUUCAAAACACUGAACGAAAUGACGGGCGAAAAGGAAGAUGAAAAUGGUCGAAUGGCGUCUAGAGUCCUUGUGAAUACUCCGUAUGGUGGUCGUGUGGUUAUUAAACUUCCAGCGGGGACUUUGUUGUUUGUUCAUUUGAAAGAUAAGACCCAAAUUAGACACAAAAAACGAUGGAGCCAGGUUAUGUAUAUGUACUACUUAUUGGGUCACCGUAUCAUGGAUUCUGCCACUUCUCUCGAUGAUCGGCAGUUGAUGGCCGAUAAUACUUUCAUUCUUGCCAUUGACGGAGACAGCAAGUUCGAACCAGAAGCCGUUCUUCGUCUUCUCGCUUUAAUGGAUCAGAAGAGUGAUAUUGGAUGUGCUUGUGGGCGAAUUCACCCUAUCGGAUCAGGUGUUAUGGUAUGGUAUCAGAAGUUUGAGUAUGCUAUUGCCCAUUGGUUCCAAAAAGCUGCUGAACAUGUUUUCGGAUGUGUAUUAUGUGCACCUGGUUGUUUCUCAUUAUUCCGUGCUUCUGCUCUUAUGGACGACAAUAUUAUGCACAAAUAUACCAAAACAGCUGAUCAACCUCGCCAUUUCGUUCAGUACGAUCAAGGAGAAGACAGAUGGCUUAGUACUUUGAUGCUUAAACAAGGAUAUCGUAUUGAAUAUGCUGCCGCUUCCGAUGCUGAAACUUAUGCUCCUGAAGGUUUCGAGGAGUUCUUCAAUCAAAGACGUCGCUGGACACCAUCAUCUAUCGCCAACACUAUAGAUCUUCUGGCAGAUUAUAAGAGAGCUGCUGAAAAUAAUAACUCAAUCUCUAUGGCUUACAUCGGAUAUCAGUUUUUGGUUAUUGCUUUCUCCAUGUUGGGACCUGCUAUCAUAUUCAGUAUGGUUGUUUUUGCUCAGGUUGCUGCUUUCGGAGCCGACUCUGCUUCUAUGAUGCUUUACAAUGGUGUACCUAUCGCUCUUUUUGUAGUUCUUUGCUUCACAACAGAAUCGAACGUUCAACUAUUCUACGCCAAGAUUAUGUCCAUCGUUUACGCCUUCGUUAUGUUAGCAGUUCUUGUAGCCACUUCAAGUCAGAUAGUUCUUGAGACUGUGGUCUCACCUACUUCAAUGUUCGUAGUAGCCAUGGUUUUAAUUUUCUUUACUGCUGCUUGUCUUCAUCCCAAGGAAUUCACAAAUGUCAUAUAUGGAACUGUGUUCUUCCUGAUGAUUCCCUCGACGUAUAUCUUCUUGACGCUCUACUCUCUGAUCAAUUUGAAUGUAAUUAAUUGGGGUACACGUGAAGCUGUAGCCAAAGCGACUGGUAAAGUUGAGAACAAUAGCCCGUUAGAGAAAUGGAUUCGGAAGCUUGGUGAUGGAAUAUUAUCACCUUUGUUCCCAUGCUUCUCUGCUAAAGCUGAUCCAAUCGUAGAGAGCUUGGAGAGAAAACUAUGUCAUAUGGAACAAGAGCUGAACAUGAUAAAAAAUAGUGAUCAAGCAGUUGCUGCAAUGGAACGAUGGAAGACGAUAUCAGGAGAAGAACAAGAAAACUCAGUUUAUCUCAAUGAGAGUUUGCAAUUGAUCCAAGAUGGCGAGGAAAGUUCAGCAGUCGUGAAAGCCAACAAAAAUCCUUAUACUUGGAUGGGAACAAACUAUUUGAAGAGCUGCGAUCGUGGACGUUUGAAAGGAGCAGAGGAGACGUUCUGGAACAAAUUAAUCGAAACCUACUUAAAACCUAUUAAAUCAACUCCUACUCAACAGCGAGAGAUUGCCGAAGGGUUAGCUAGUCUUCGUAACAAUGUGGCUUUCUUCGUACUCCUUUUCAACGCACUCCUUUCUAUGGCCAUUUAUUUGAUUCAGAAACAUAAAAAUGUUCUGAGUAUUAAGUGGACUCCUUAUGAUGGUUUCACUUGGACGAAGAUGAAUGAAAUGAAUGGUCAGUUUGAGGAAACCGAAGAUCCUCUGAAGAUAGACCCAUUAGGAAUGGGUAUCAUUAUAUUCCUUAUUGGUAUCCUCAUCGUUCAAACAAUCGGAAUGUUAAUUCAUCGUUUGAACACUCUUAUCGGAGCCUUCCAAGAAGUCAAGCAUAUCCAUGCUUUGCAACUGGGAAACGUUACCAAAAAAGAUGAGGAUGAGAAGAUUCUAACUAUAGCUCGGCAAAUGCUAGAUACAACUAAUCAAAUCAAUUUGCAUGCUGGUGAUGGAUAUACUCGCCAUACAGUGGAAAAUAGUGCAGAUCACGAAAACGUGCUUUAUAAACUGCAAAAAGCACGCUUAACCGAACGAAUCAAGAGAGGUGCCUUGUAUAAGCCCUAG